AUGUCUUUUGGUCAUAAGGACUGGCAACCCUGGGUUCUCGACGAUGAAGCCGCGGUCUAUAGACUUCUCAAAGCCGCUUACGACCAAGGACUCAACACAUUCGAUACGGCGAAUGCUUAUUCAAAUGGCCUUUCCGAGACAAUGCUGGGCAACUUCCUCAACGAAUACAAAAUCCCUAGAAACAAAGUCAUUCUCCUUUCGAAAUGCUUCAGCCCGGUUGGUGAAGAGCCAAGUGUACUCAACUACCUUUAUCCAGACAUGAUGGCUAAGUCGAAAGACUAUGUAAAUCAAGGUGGGCUGAGCCGUGCAGCGAUCUUCAAUGCAGUCGACGCGAGUUUGCACAGGCUGGGCACCACAUAUUUGGAUCUUCUGCAGGUGCAUCGGUUCGAUAAAUCUGUGCCGAUUGAGGAGACAAUGAAAGCUCUCCAUGAUCUGGUGGAACAGGGCAAGGUCAGGUAUAUAGGAGCGUCCAGCAUGUGGGCCUACCAAUUUUCCGCAAUGCAACACGUUGCCGAACUUCAUGGCUGGACGAAAUUCAUUUCGAUGCAGAACCACUACUCACUCUGCUAUCGUGAGGAGGAAAGGGAGAUGAACCCCUUCUGCCUGGGAUCAGGAGUUGGCCUGAUGGCGUGGAGUCCAUUGUAUGGAGGUCUCCUUGCGCGACCGCUGAGCACGCCAGCAACCGAACGACAAAAGGCUACGAAGAGUUCCCACACUCCAGUAGAUGGAGAAAUUAUUACCACUGUCCAAAAGAUUGCUCAGCAAAAAAGUUGGACGAUGACACAGGUUGCUCUCGUUUGGCUGGUAGGGAAGAAUUCGAUACCCAUUGUCGGUGUUGAUUCCAUUGAGAGACUGGGUGAGGUGAUUGAUAUUCGAGGCAAGAUUAUGAGUCCUGAGGAGACAGCCUCUCUGGAAAAAGCGUACAAACCCAAGGCUGUCACUGGGCACGUGUAG